AAAUGAAUUGCUCUCUGUUAAGUGAAUACAAUUCAGGAAUGCUCAAUGUUUUAUUCGCAGAUGGUCCAACAGUAAAUAACUCAUCAUUAUCAGGGCGCAUAAUUACUUUCACUAGUUUCUAUUUCACAGAAUGUGGGCCACCAUGAAUUUCAAUAUAACAAUGCAAGAUGUAUCAUGUGAACCUUUCUUCAACGUCUCCCAAAAGUACCUUCUCCUAUGGAGUUUUUUAAACAUAAUGAAGUGCGUGUACGUCGGUAUGUCAAUAAAGAAGAAACGACUACCACGUUUGGUUGUGGCAACUCUAUUUACCGGAUUGACAGUCAUUUACUUCGUAGAGACUCGUGCUUUCACCUGGUUAUUGGUCUUGCAGAUACUAGACCUCCUAAUGAUAGUGUACAUAAUACUCACCAGAAGAAACAACAGACUUUUGAUAGGACUGCUAAUCCUAUCAAUUUUCUUUUUGACGCCUUUCGGUUUCGUUAUUGAUGUAAUUGUUAUUGUAUUCAUGAUAAUUGAUUUCCCGGCUAUAAUAUUUGAAAAUUCGCCGUUCUGGUUACUGAUGUAUGCGAAUUGCUUAGCCGUGUCCGUGGCGAUUGCAAGUAUGAACAGUUUUGGACCUGCUCCUUACAAGCUCUUAGUGAAUUCCCUCUACAUUUGCUUUUUCUAUAUAUUAUCUUGGAAUUCGGCUGAUGUAGUAAAAGUACUUCCUGUGUUCAUGACGAUUACAACUUAUAUUCUAAAGCAAUUUAAUAGGGACGAGCCUAUGAGGCUGGAUGCUCCUGGAUUUAUAGAAAUUUCGACUGAUUUCCUUCCGCUUCACUUUAUUUAAAUUGAUAUUUAAAUUGAUUUAAUUGAUAUUUAUUAUUUAAGGAUUCAAAUUAAACUCUAAUUAUUUUGAGGUACAAACGGAAUUAAUAUACAUUGUAAGAUUGAUAAAUUUCACGCUUAUGUAUAAUUCAUUAAAUUUAAAACAAAUCUAAAAAGAUUUACUCUGAUAUGAAUGAUCAUUAAUGUCUGAGGGGGAUGGUGAUAUAUUAACCCCUUUCAUUUGUACAGAGUAAGCACUGGGACAUAUAGAAAGAGAAUAAUUUAAGAUUAAAAAAAUUUUGUUGAUUGUAAUUUAGAAAUAAAAAAUGAAGCAUGCUUUAUGAAAUAGAAAAAUAAACUGAGAAAAUCCAUCGUUAAAAAUGUAAAUGAAUAAAAUGUGAUUUUUUUUCUUUUUUUUGCUUUAUGCAGCAUUAAUAUCGAGCAAGUUAGCGUUUUGGUUGUAUUAACUUGAAACCGUAAGGUAUACUUCAAUACUUAUCUACAAAAGUUUCGUUGAAAAUAUUUUACAUUCAAGUUUUAUUCAAAUUUUUAUUGGAUUUCACGGCACCCACAAUCCAAUUGCUGUAAGAUUUCAGAACUAUUCCUAUUAUUAUAAAAUUCCCUUGAGUUUAUGUUAAAAACUCUCUCUUCUAGAAAUAUAAAAAAAGAUUUAAAUUUUUAGAAAUCUAACAAGUUUAAUAUUUGUUCAAAUGGUUCAAAAAACUUUACUGUCAUUAAUUUUGUUGCACGUGUCUUCACGCACUGCUCG